GAGUGGGGGAGCAAGUAAAAGAAAGAAAAGGAAGCGAGUGCAAGUGAUGUGCAUCAGACUAAUCCUUCCCCCGCUGCUCUGUAUGUUUCUCUCUGGCUUCCUCCAGUGGCUGAGCUAGUCUCCUCCUCCAAGAUGAUGAUGGUGGCUGGGGUGAUGCUGAUGAUCCCAGGAAGGAGGGGACAGAUGAUGAUGGUGUUGGUGGCAGCAGGUUGGAUGCUCGGCGCUGGGCACUGCACACAGUCGCAGGUGUGGGGUCGGCCAUUGGUGGCAGUGCUAUAGUGGAUCGCUGGGUGUAUACAGGAGUUGGACAGACAAGGUUGGGGAGAGCCCUGCAGCGGCAGCAGCUUCUUUCCUCAAUGUCUCCCCUGCGAGGCUGCUUCUCCUCCCCGGUCCAGCUGCGCCCACCGAUCAUCCCCAGGCCGUCCCUAUUUGGCCUCCUGCUGUUGGAGCUCCUUGUCCUGCUGCUGGAGGAGGAGGACCAGCUGCCUGGGAGCCCCGGGACCAAUAGCCCUGCCUCCUCCUCCAGCAGCCUUGCGACUGAGCAAGAGAAUGAAAGCACCGGGGGGAGACCACUCCAUGAUCAACCUGUCAGUCCAGCAAGUGCUCAGUCUGUGGGCUCACGGGACAGUUCUGAAGAGCUUGACCGAGAUGUGGUACUGGGUUUUCCUAUGGGCUCUUUUCUCCUCUCUCUUUGUCCAUGGAGCAGCGGGAGUUCUGAUGUGUGUCAUGCUGCAGAGGCACAAGCAGGGGAGGCUGAUAUCUGUGUUCCUGGUCAUCAUUGGAUUCCUGGCUUCUGUCAUCGGAGCAAUGAUAACUAGUGCUGCAGUGGCUGGAAUCUAUAGAGUAGCAGGGAAAAACAUGGCCCCUCUUGAAGCACUGGUAUUUGGAAUUGGACAGACAGUAUUGACAGUGAUCAUAUCUUUUUCACGGGUCCUUGCCACCUUAUAAAGAUUCCCAAAACAUGGCUUAAAGGAGUUGUUGUUUUCCAAUGGGAGCUACAUUUCCCGUUGUAACAUUGAUCAUUGGACAAGAAAUGAAGCAAACCGCAGGAAAAUGCACACUUUGGAUAAACUCAUUAAUGCUCCAGUUAGGCCUGCUGCAUGGUACUUUGUAUAACAAUGUUCCUGUAGGCCUUUUGCAACAAUGAACAGUUUGAGAGUCUUCUCUCUCAGAAACAUUAUGGCUUCUAAUUGCCAAACUGUUGCACUAAUGAACUGCAUAGCACCUUAUGUGCCUCAGUCAAGGGUGAGGUGUGAUCAGUUUUUCUAUAUUGCUGCAGGGAUGCACACCUUGCAGAAGGAUCUUUGUAGUACUCUGGUAAUGUCAGCUUGGCACUAGAGCAGUGGAAUUCAGUGCUCUCCUCUUGGAAAAAUAAGCCACAUCAGAAUGUUGGAAUAGGCGAUAAAUAUAUUUUUGUUGCAAUCUAAGAGUAAAGAAGAGAGUAGAAGGUCACUGCUGUAGAAGCUUAGAGCAGUCAAAGUGGAAAGUAUUAUACUGUAUGUGCCAAAUGUUUCUUUUUGUGUGUGUGGGUGUGAAUAUGGUUUUUUUUUAUUACUAAACCUAGUUUGGAAAUUGUUUCCGACUGAAUUGUGUCGAUUGAGGAAAAUACAUUGCAACAAGCCGUCUUGUUGUCAGUGAGAAAAGCAGCGUCAGUAGUAGAUGUAGGCGUUUGUUAACAAGCAUUAACACACGUUGCUUGGUGAUUAACGCAAGCAGGAUCAGCAAUCUUUAUAUCACCAAGGAACACAUUUUUGUAUUACAUGGCAUGAUAUUAUUUAAGGAUGUAGGAAGAAUUCAUUCCGUUUUAGCAUGGCCUUAAUUCCUUUGGUUUAGACGGUAUUACCUUCUGCUGCCUCAAAUAUCUGUAAAAAAUGAUGGUAUAUGGUAUUUCCAUAGACAUAACUAAUAAAACAAUAAUUUAUGUUCUAAUGUACAAGAUUCAUUAUAUUAAUAUUUGGACCAAACCACUGUCUCCAAUGCUAACAAUUUCCCUGCACCUACCAAGCACUUAAACAGUCAUAAGGCAGCACUAUAGGCAGCUGGGACAGGGCAUUUUCUUUGUAUUUGAAAUUUGUAUUGUACUUUGUAUUUGUAGUCUGCAGAGAAAAUACAGAAAUUUGCGUUCUGGUGCUUGUAA